AUGGGCAGCAAAACAACAUCGACGGCGCCUGCGCUCUAUGUCGACGAAGACUGCAACUUCUCCGUCAUCCGCAAUCUUCCCAUCCCCGACCCCGUAGAUGGCGAGGUCCUCGUCAAGGUUCUCUACUCUGGCGUAAACCCCGCCGACGUCAAACACGCACCAUACAUCGGCGUCCGCUCAGUGACCCUCGGCUACGACUUUUGCGGCCGAGUCGUCCGGGCUGCUGGAGAAAAUGCGUCGUCCGCCUUCAAGCCGGACGACCUGGUGGCCGGCUACGUACCCACCGGCAUGGGCAAACCAAUGAGACACGGCGCGCAUCAGGAGUACCUGAGCUGUCCGGAAGACAUGCUCUUCAAGGUUCCGGAUAACCUGCCCCAGACGCACGCUGCGAGUCUCACGGUGGUGCUGACCACAGCCGCCGACGGGCUGUACAAUAUCUUUGGAUACCCUCUCCCUGGGGAGAAGGCAAAGCAAGGGUUCAAGGCUGGUCCGCUACUUAUUUGGGGCGCAUCCGCCAGCGUUGGACUUUGCAUGCUGCAAUUAGCGCGGGAGAGCGGUGCGAGCCCCAUUUUCGUCACCGCGUCGCCCGGGCGGCAUAAGAUGCUCACUAAGAUGGGGGCGACGCGCUGCUUCGAUUAUAACGCCCCAGACGUGAUUUCUCAGAUCAAGAAGGCGGCGGAGGAGGCUGGCGCGGGGCCAAUUCGCUACGCGGCCGAUUGUGCGGGUUCAAGGGGUGAGGUCACCUCGGCAUCACAGACGGAGGCUUGUGUUGAUGAGAAUGCUAUUAUUCUGUCUGUCGUGGCGAAGCCGGGUGGGAGAAUCAAGAUGCCGCUGGCAUCGGCGAAUACGGAAAUCACACUACAGCUGGGCGGUGGUCCCCUUAUCACGAUCCCUCCACGGUUGGAGGAUUGGGGCAGGAUGUGGAAGGCGUUGAUGUGGUCUGUUGAGAAUUACGGCACCGAGUUCUCGAUUCCUGUGGUGGAUGUUUUCAAGGGAACGGCGGAGGAUGCGCUGGAGGAGGUGAAGAAGGUUGCUGACCAGGGCAAGUUUGAGGAUGAUGAGGAGCAUGAGCACGGGGCAUCAUUUCACGAGGAUUAUCUUGUACCACACAUGGCUGUCUACUCCGAGCCUUUUGCUGAUUUGAACAAAAGCAAUUCCAUCUACACUCAAGAGACUCAAGAGACUCAUGAUGUAUACUAUGAAGUCAAUGAGACUGUAGAUGUAAGGCCGGAGUCGGCCGGCCCCCUCGGCAGCUCAGGGCCGACGAUAAGCAGCGCAUUCCCGGACAAGCUCCGGUCCUGCGCCGGUCCAACGGGUCUAGACUCCGGUGAGUUUAUCUCGGACCUAUCAGCACCCGUGAAGCUAUCCGGCACCCCACCAUCUCCACUCCGGGUCGGCAACACAAGGCCGCGCUCGGCUCCUGCAUCGGCGGCCGCCCCUCCCCCCCUCAUCUCAUCGGCUCUUUUGCAGUUCUCACACACACCAAAAUACCACACUUACUAUUUCUACCAGAUCUUUAGAGUUGAGCCUCAUAAACAAAUACUUUAUUGGACGAAAGGCGUGAUUCUGCGAAACCUAAGAGCUCUCUUCCACCCUCUCUGUGACCGUACCUUAUCCCAUCCACACACCCAACCACCCGUCCCGAUGGCCGCCGAUGCAGAUGAACGGACGCCCCUCCUCAAAAUCAAAUCCGGCGCCGGGGCCGUGAAGCGGGUCGGUCGCGGCCUCUGGUCACCCGCAAACCGUAUCCUGUUCGCCGGCUUCCUCGUCUCCCUGACACUAGGCCUCACUCAAGUUCCCAUUAUCUACGUCUUCCGUGUAAUGGCAUGCGAAACCUUUUACAAGUCUCACGUGCCCUACGACGGCCCCGCCUCGGAAAUGUGUCACCGCCGUGAGAUUGACGCAAACACGGCCACCCAGGUCUCCAUCCUCGGCAUGACCACCUCCGUGUGCGGCAUUCUUAACCUCUUCAUCUGCGGCGACCUCAUCAAGCGCUGGGGUACCCGCUGGGCCCUUAUCAGCCAGACCGGCCUGCUCGGCAUCCGCGUCUCGUGCCAGGUCCUCGCCGUGUCGCAGGGCGCGCAAAAGGGAAUCGACAUGAUGCAGUACACGCAGCUUAUUGGCAUCUUUGGUGGGCCGAGGGGAUACAUGCUGGUUUUGAACACGGCAAUUGCGGAAGUUGUCGAAAGAAGAAAGCAUACGGGCGUGUUUGGUCGGCUGCAGGGUGCAGUCAUGAUCGGUACCGCCAUAGGGUACUUGCUCGGCGGUGUUUUGGGUGAUGUGUUCGGCAUCACCAGUCCUUUCAUCGUUGCCAUCGGCUGCUUUGCCUUUGCAACAACCUACGGGGCCAUCUUCUGGCCGGCACCCCCAGAAGAGACGGAGCAGACGGACGGCAAGACGACGCCCGGCGCUUCUGGUUUCCUGGCUCCUAUCAAGGUGCUCAUGCCGUCCAAGUACCGUCUUGAAUCUGGCAAGAUUGUGAAAAACUAUGGUCUCGUCUUCCUGGCCCUGGGCAUCUUCUUCGGCGUGUUCGCCACGGGUUAUGCGCCCAUCCUCAUCCAGAUGUACGCCACCUCCCGCUUCAACUUUGGCACAACGGAGAACGGUAUCCUUAUGUCCGGCAACUCGUGGAUCCGCGGCAUCUUCUUAAUGUUCAUCUUUCCGGAAAUAAUCGACAGCGGACGCAGAUGGUUUGCCUCGUCAUCCGAUGCCGGAGCUCUUCAAAAGACGCUCACCCAAGAGGAACGGUGCGUCAUCCCCACUCACCCCGAGGACAUGGACCCGGCACCCGGCUUGAUGAACGCUUCCGAGCCAACAAAGGCGCCGCCUGAAGAGGAGGACGAGGAUAGCACCUUUGACCUGUUCUUCCUGAGGUGGAGCUUGGUGGUGGAUGGCAUCGUCACGUCCCUCGCGGCUUGGGCGACGGAGGGCUGGCAUGUCUAUGCCGCCGCUUUCCUGCUACCAUUCGCAUCCGGAUCGGCCCCUGCAGCAAAGGGCGUCAUCACGGAAAUGUGCCCGCCGCAUAUGCGACAAGACGCCCUGAGUGCCAUUACCCUAGUUGAGAGUGCAGCGACUCUCACGACGCAGGGUAUCUUCGGCUUCAUAUUUGCCACGCUGUCUGAGAUGGGCAAGCCGAAUCUCACAUUCUUUGUGAACGCCGCUCUCGCCGUUGUCGCCGUGGGCAUUCUUCUACUGGCUCAUUACCCCCCGGUUAACAGUACGCGGGUCGAGGAUGAGGCGAGUGAAGAAAUCAGUGAAUCAAAUUGA